AUGUUCCUUAACCAGCUCGCUGAGCUCUCUACUUCCAUCAAAUUCCCUAUGGCAAUCGGCAAAAGCAACGAGCCCGAGGUGCAAUGGUACAGUGUUGUGCUCCGUGAUGAAAGUCCCGGGUUCGAGUCCCGAGUGAUACACCUUUGGGAUUGGCUGACGAUGGCUACCAACCCAGAAACGGACAUUCCGCCCCCCCCUGUCUGUGUCGUUUCCACUUCAACUUAG